UCGGCCAUGACCAUGCCAUGACAAAACCUUAACCAGCCAGGCAGUGCAUUGACUCCUAUCUGAAAUUCAAAUAGGGAAGCCUCGGGGUGUGGAUACAGGAGAGCGGAGUCACGGGGGAAACUUCUCCUCUGGGGCAAGUACGACAGAAGAAAACAAACACCGUGAGGAGUUACCACUCAGAACUGAGGCGAAGUUGAACGAUGUAUGCCAGACAAGUGACACGCAUCAAGUCCUCACGGGCGAGCGAACUUUUUCUUCCCUAAAAUGUUUUGUGAAUUUUAAAGAAGAAGAAGAAGAAGUCUCGGGGAAUUAAAUGAACUGUGGUUGCCGUGAAGUCAUAAUACAACCGGCAUACGGCACUCACACCUUCGACAGUGCAGCAGCUCCUCUACCCAGCUGACAUGAUGGGUUGCAAUUGCUGUCGGAUGCUCAAAAGGUAAGAGUGCAUUUAUUCCUAAUUCGUCUAUAAUUUACCAUAACACCACAGCAUCUUUCAUUUCCAAUGUUGUACCUGGACACAAAAAAAAGAACAGACAUCUGGAGAGUGUAUGCAAGAACAUCACAAUAGAGAUGUUCUACACUGUAACAGCUUUCUCUAUACAGCAUUACAUGCACUCUAAAGUCUUUAAGAUGGCUCCUUAUUGUUUCAAACCAAGGCGCACAUAAAGUAGUCUAGCCGUUAACAUACAGGGCAGUACAGAUUGCAGAUGUGCUUAAAGAUGCUUUACGAAGAGAGUGAGCAUAGAAGGUGUUAGAAAAAGGAUUAUCUGUGUCUGUUUUGAGUGUGAGUUUGAGUGUUUCAGGAGCCACUGCCAUGCUGCUGUAGUAGGUGCUUGUGCAUUGGCCAACAGGAGAGAGCAGGGAUUAAGGACCGUCUGCACUUGCAGUGAACCCUGGAGCUGCUGCCCACUAGUUUAAGCAACAGCUCAAUAUGCCAAUACUCCACCACGACUCUGUCCGUCUGUCUCUCUCUUUCCGUCAAUCCAAUCAUGUCUUCCUUACUGGUGUGGUGUGUUUUUGUCCCCGCCUCUCUUGUCUCUUAAUUGUUGUCUCUUCAGAGUCAUUUUCUCUGCUGCCUUUCACCUUGUUUAUGAGGACAAGGGAGAGGAAUUGUCUUUGACCUCACUUUGACCUUGUUCCUGUUUAUCUUUUUCUCACUUGCCACCUUUCUCCCUGGCCUCCUUUGGUAACCUGACAUGCAUGAGUAAUAUGUCGUUCAUGUUUAUUUUAAGGCUUCAGAUAGUGAGUUCAGUCAGGACCACUCCUGUCUAGUAACACUCAACAAUUUACGAGUACUGAGAAGCACAGCACACAACAUUUAUCUUUUGCUUUUGUUUGGGGGAGCGGGGGUAGUGUGUUGAGAUAAGUGUAUUGUGCAACGGCUUUAAUCCCCCGCCCCCAACAAUACAUACAAAGCAUUGUCAAAAUGAAAGUAAAAAGCAAAGUAAAAUACGUGACCACUAAUAGAUGCAGUCAAAGAUGACAAAAAUACAAGGUGCAGUACAACGACAGAAAAGAGGCGGAGCUGGGGUGGUGGCAGGUAUUUGUUUGGCAGCUCAGUGGGCGAAUUGGAAUGACUGAGGACGGGUUAAAUGGACCGCCUUCAUUCAGACAGCGACUGUGGUUGGUGCUGGUGAAUCAGCUGAUGAGCUAGGCAGUAGGCAGACUACCACGGCCUGCCUUAACAAACGUUACACUUGAUUUAUUUAGUAGAUAUUAUGUAAUGUGUGAAUUUAUAACCUCUGGUCCCACUGUCCAUUCUGCUCUCAUGUGUUGUUCAUGGUGAAGAGAUACAGGCCAUAUUUGAAUGCUGCUAGGAAUCCAUCCUCUGUGUUUCCUGGUGUGGUUACCUGGACUUGUGCCAUUGUUCCCUAUUCCCUUGGAAAGAUAUACAGAUGCUAGUUACAUCUAUGACCCCUCUGUUCCGGUGGAAGUCCAUGGGCGCAAGAGAGACCCGGCGGGCAGCUCGCUCUACCUGCCCAACCACCACCUUCCCGGCAACAAUGACCCCCUCCAGAAGAAGCAGGGCUUCUACAACCUGGGCUACAACAGCAGCGGGGGCCUCGGUGCAUCAAGCCCCCCCAUCUCCCCCGUAAAGCUUGACAGCGAGAACAACCACAUCAACCGCCUCCAUGGAAACGGCCCACCUGCCGACAACGCCAGCCUGGGAUGGACCGGCGGUGGGAAGGGAGGGGGAGGUAGAGGAGGUGAAGUGGACUCUGGCAUACGAAUCCCUCAACUCAAGGAGCAGGUAGCCCUGAAAAACGCCCCUCCACUUCCAAGUGUACCACCCAUUUACCAGCUCCCCUCCACCCUCACCCCCACCGCCAAAGGCCCCGACGGCUCCAUACGGCCCUGGGACAUAGCGCACCUGAGUGGGGAUGAAGUGAUACGUAAGGGACCCUACCACCUCCGGGAGGGCCCGGAGGGUGUGGAGUGCUAUGUGGACGACGACGACGACGAGGAGGAGAGGGAGAGCGGCGUGGGCAGCACCCCCGAGUACCUGGGGGACACGGGGGACGAGGCCAGCGUCCUCUCUGGGGACAUCAACACCAGCUCCACCAGCCUGUCCUCGGGGGACACGAGGCCAGGAACAGGGGUAGAGAAGAGGGCAAGGAGAGAGACGGAGGGAGGCGAGGAGAGGGAGGAUUGCCAGAGCGUCACAGACUCCAUGGUGGACGAGGCCCUGGCCGCACUAGCAGCAGCCACUGCAGGCGAGGACUAUGACUGACAUUUAUCCCCUCCAAUUAGAAGCAAAGAUGUGGGUCAUGUGACUGAGAUGUGAAUGGUUGUGUAAAUGAAGGUGGAGACUAUUGGUUGUCUCUUUUUAAUACUUUUGAGGGUUCUACAAGGCUUUUAGAAAGCCUCUGUAGAUCAGCAUAUGAAGUUCCACAUCUGAAUCAAACUCAAGUCUUGCUAUAACGCUGGACAAAAAGUGACUUGAGACUGUUUACAAAAAUGUACUUAUGCCUUUGGGCUGUGGAAGACCAUUUUCAUUGAUAAAUAAACUAGACUAUUUUGCCAUUUUGCCAAGGAGGUUCACCUGAAGAAUAGCCCACCCAUUUUCCAUGUGCACCCUGGGAAACUGACACAACCUGAAUGGACUGCUGUUACCUCACACAAACCUUCCCUGCAACAUUAUCUAGAACAUAGGAAGAGGUCCAUAGUAUGUUUUUACUUCAUUCUGAAUUUCCUCAUUCACCUUUUAGGUUCAACAUUCCCAAAUAUUUAAACCCUUCUGAAUGUCAGUAGGUUAACAGUCAUAUUUUUACACUGUAGCUAUUUCAAAUAUACCAAAUAUACCAAUAUUCUGUGUGCCAAUGCUAAUGGAUCUGACUGACCUUAAGAUGUGAUAUUCUAGUAUGUGUGUACUUCAUAUAGAGUACUCUAUCCUAAUUCCUUUACUGUAAUCUGUAUAUUUUUGUUUUAUAAUCUCCCCACUACAAAUUUCUCGUGGAUCCUUGGAUCAGGCCUCAGGGAACAUACACAACAUUGUUUGAGCUGAGGUCAAUCCCAAACAGACAUACAGGUAUAUUUUUGUACCCAA